AUGGCUACCCCUCAGGCCCAAGCCGUUCGAAGGUGGAUCCUGACCGGCGCGGUCGCUGCCAUCACCGUCACCGGAACGAUUUAUGGCGCUGGCUUGAAGAGCGAUCGAGAGGUCAUAGCGGUACGUCACAACCCAGUUCACGCGUCGUUUCCUUCGGCACCAGGCACCAUGUCCUACAUUAACCUUGCAGCACCUCUGCCCUUCAGGCCUGUGACUAAUAGCUUCAAGGAACGAAAACGCUACCAACAAGCCUCACCCGAGGAAAUCAUCUCGCAGCUCCAAAUCGCACGCGACAACCUCGUGAUGAAGAAGAAGGAGAUGGAGAGGAAGAUUGCUGGCUUUCACGAGAAGCAGAGGCAGGCCAAGGAGUUGGAGCAGCAGCAGCAACAGGAGCGAGAGCAGCGAGAGGAGCAGGAGCGGGAGGAGCAACAGAAGCGGCUGAAGCAGCUACAACGGCCGAGAUGA